UACAUUAUUGUUUCGUAAACGCAGAGGACGUUGUUUUUGGCACCAACCAGCCGUUUAGUGUAAACUAAAUAAAAUAUGUGUUAAUAAAUUAAUUGACAAAAAAAAAAAACAAAGAAAUUGAAAAAAAAAUUUUCGGUGCAAGUGGAAAAAAAGUGUGUUGCAUGUGCUAAACUGUUAAUUGAGGAAAUUGCCAAGUGAAGCAGUGAAGUCUAAAAUGGAUAACAAAGACAACGAACAACAACAACAACAACCAGGCAAUCAGCUGGAUAAUGCUGAUCGUAUACGCACGGAUAGUGAAGGGUCUACGGAUAGCUUAUCACGUUUUAUCCUGCCCAGUGUGGAUGGCAGUCCACCCAAAAUUGUAACCAUGGAUGAGGUUGCAAGCAUGUUCAAGAAUCUGAAGAAUAUGGAGUUGGCCCAUGAAAUUGCACUCAAUCCGGAAUUCAAAUUGGAGCCAUACAAACCGCCAAUGGAUAGUCUGGAGGGACUUAUCAAGACGAUGGUGCAUAAGGCUUUCUGGGACUUGUUGCGUGAGCAACUGAAUCGGGAGCCCCCGGCAUACGAUCAGGCUAUACGUCUGCUGGGCGAAAUCAAAGAGGACUUCCCACAGCUGCUGUCCGCCAAGAAUGCGAGCGUAAUGGGACGCAUUAAUGCAGCGCUGGAUGAGCAGCUCAUACAACAGCAGGCGGAACGUGGAACCUUGGAUUUCAGAGCUUAUGCUAAUUUUGUCAUCAACUUACUGGCGAAUCUAUGCUGUCCAGCAAGGGAUGAUGCUGUGGCCAAGCUGCGUGAGAUUGAAGAUGUGGUGGAUACAUUUCGUGGCAUACUAGAGACUAUGUCGCUGAUGAAACUGGAUAUGGCCAACUUCUUAUUGUCCUUGGCACGCAGCGAUAUUGCAGCCAAUUCGGUACAGUAUGAAAAGCAAAAGUUCAGCACUUAUCUAAGAGAGUUUCAUGGCAAUGCUGGCUUUCCUGCCACUGAGGAUUGGCUGCAACGUCAUCGGGCUGGCUGCAAUAGUCAGGAUGAUAUUAUUUACAAUGCUUUUAUGCAGCUGCUUGACUAUCCGGCAGACAAGGACUUCCCCGAGCUGCUGCGCAUCGAUAAGGAACGCUUCGAGGGCUUAAGCUGGCGCGCUCAGCGUCUUAUACUCUGCGCUUCGCUGAUUUCCAUAGCACAGAGUGUGCCAGUCAUUUCGCAGCGACGUGAGAAUCGCAUCCAACUGGCGCAACAGCUGGACAUACUCAUGCAACAUGUGAAGCAACAGGAUCAUAUAAGCGCUGCCAUCGACAACUGCUAUGAACAAAUACGCGCUUUUAUCAACGAGUCUCUUGUUAAGGAGCAACAGUCGCCACUCAAUGAUGCGCAGCAGGAGCAGCUCAAGGCCCAGGUGCUACAACUGUGCAACAAAACAUCGCCAGUGCGCAGUUUAAUGGCCAAGCGUCUGGAUGGCUUUGUGCGUGUUGCACUGCGUUCCAAUGGCAACAUACCGCCGCCACCUGCGGGCUUUACUGACUUUGGCGAGGAGCUGGUUGCAUUUAUUGCCUCGUUCCGGCGUCUCGUCUCCUACAAUCAUGCCGUAUUCGGGGAACACUUCAUGCAGCUGCUGCAGCCCAAUAGUAACGUGGAGCCGGCAGCUGAGGCUGCAGCGGCUAGCAAUGCUUCCAAUCUGGCUGCGGCGGCGCAGACUGCAAAGCCAUAAAAUCUCUGUGCUUGCUGGGGACUGUAGCUGCUGGGAAAACAACAAUAACAAUUCGAAUUGUGUGUUUGACAAAAAAGCUCAAUGUAAUCAGUGCUUUAAUAGCAAAAAUAGGCCAAAAUACGGAAAACGAUAAGUGAAACUCAUAAAAUUUAUGGCAAAACGUGAUACGAGUCCACACGAGCUUGUGGCCAUCUGUGUGGUGCAUCUACUGGGCGUACUGUGAUAAGUAUACAUACAUAUGUGAAAAAGGGGGCUAUGAAGCACGCCCAGUACGCGCCUACUGUUCUUCAAUAUUACAACUGGCAGCUGCAGCAUUUUUCGUCAUCCUUUAAUUUAAACCUUAAGAUAAUCCUAUAAAUAUUUACUAAAUAAAACUAAUAACAGAAAAACUGAUGUAUUAACCGUAAUAUUUAAGUCACACUUAUGAACGAAAAACUACAAACAAUAAUAGUAUAUAAAAACUUG